AUUUAUCUUUACUUUCACUUUCAUUUUGUUGUUUGUAAUUAUUUGUACAUUGAGGCCUCGUACAUUAUAUGUUACACAAUGAAGUUUACAUCUAUCCUGGAUUUUAUUUUCCUGAUAUAUUUUAUUGUACACAUUCCAGUAGCAAUUUUUUUCGAUUCACAAGCAAUUGUCCCUAAAUGGAUUUACCCUAGAGUGGUGGUAGACCUAAUGGAUUGGUAUUGCCGAGAAUUUAAAGACCCGAUGAUGGUAGAAUCGCCAGCCUGGUUCAAGUCCUUUAUUUGCUGUGAAAUUUUGUUUCAACUGCCAUUCUUUUUUGUGGCAGUAUAUGCAUUUUCAAAAGGUGUAACCCGAUGUCCCUGGAUACAGAGACCUAUGUUGAUCUAUGCCACUCACACAGCAACAACGACAAUAUGUAUAACCUUCCAUUUAUUUCUUCAUGACUUCAACACAUCAAAAUACCCAGGACCAACGUCAAUGAAUGAUAGGCUUAAAUUGUUUGCUAUAUACAGUCCGUUUCUAUUGAUUCCUUUACUUUUGCUUGUAAACUUUGCCUUUCGAGAAUUUCCGAAAGAAAAACUAAAACAGAAGUAAUAUGUUAUUGACAACAGUUAAAAGUAUCGCUGCAUUAUGUUUAUUUGUGUUAUGAAAUGUUUAUUUAUGCAUACUGUACGCUUCUCGACGAAUACAA